AUGCGUCCAGACCAGCAUAAGAAAAAGAAGAACUCGGAUUAUAAGAAAAAGCACGGAAUUCCUUCAGAAAAAGGCGAGAAACAUGAUAAAAAGGGGUCAACUGGUGCACAUAGGAGCGAUGAAAAGCCCGCAUCAGACGUGUCGAAAUCGGGGCUUGAAACAGAUGGCACAGAUCGAGAUGUAAGAGACACUGACACAGCUACUGUUAGUUAUUCAGUUACUGUGUGUAUACACCAGUUUAUACUGUGGUUAUUCAGAUAAUAAAAUCCCAAUAACUGACUGCGUGUUUAAUGUUUCAGUCAACUUUUCAUAGACAUAGUGUUUCCGUCACUGUUUCGCGAAGGGCUUAAGGCUGAUUUCCACUACACAACUUUUGCCUAAAACUGUCGCGUGCAACCUGCUUACAACUUGAGUUGUACUGUGUAAAUCAAGCACACAACCCACCUACGUUGUCAUAGCCGUAUCGGUAUGUGAGUUGUGCUUGAUUUUAAUACACACUAUUACACAGUACUACGUACACUACUACUCAAGUAAGGUAGGCAGGUUGCACAUGCGACAGUUUUAGGCAAAAGUUGUGUAGUGUACAUCAUCAGCCUUUAUACUCCAAAUCUAUAAAUACCAAAUCGUCACAGGGCUUAAUUUGCUCGAAAUGCCUGAUUCAUCUGGAAACUUUACAGGCUGGCAAGUAUCAACAAUAACACUUUACUAUGUCUAUGAUUUGAACAUCCCUUACAAUGAGAAAGGCGUAGAUUUUAUUCACCUAUUCGUUCUUGCCAAAAAAUGAACCCCGGAAUUGAAAUUUUUAUGUUCAAAUUAGUAAGUUCACACCGAAAAUUUCACGUUGUUGAACAGUUAGAUCGCGAGGUAAUGUAUAUGAAAAACCAAAUUUUUUAAAGUUGUAACUCGCGACCUUACUGUCCAAACAUGUUGAAAGUUGUUGUACAGACUAAUCUGGUGUCUAUUUUUACCAAAUCAAUCAAGAUAAUUAAAUGGAUGAUUCGAGCUACAGACGGAAAUUUUGAUCUAGACAAGAAGAACGAAAUCCAUUAUCAUAGCUGGAAAGAGCAUCUUAAAAUGAGUAAAAUUGCAAAGUUUGGUUGCGAAUUGUUGUAAGAUGAGGAAAAUCUAGCCCUGUGAAGUUCGCAAGUUUUGUAUAUAUUUGCAUUACGCGCGGGAAAAAUAACGAUUUUUGAGCCGAAAGUAGUUAUUUCUACAGCGCGUAAUACAAAUAUAUACAAAAUUUGCGAACUUCACAGGGCUAUAUUUUCUUCAUUUUACAACAUUUAACAACCAAUCUUUGCAGUUUUACUCAUUCUAAGACGCUCUUUCUAGCUGUGUAUCACAGGGGGAAUCAGCUGUGUCUAUAUACGCUGCAUGGAAUCACCCAUUGAUAACAUGAACUCUGUUGGGAGAAUAUAUUCGUCUUUAUCAACUGCAAUCUGUACCACUUUUGGCAUUUUUCAUAUCUUAAUAGCCUUAAUAACUAAUCUUUGGCGUUGCAAACUUGUCGAAAUAAACAAGACAUUCCUACAACAAUUUUAGGUGGGGGAAAGCAGCAUAAGUCACGAGAGAGGAAAGUUUUCAAGGCGAAAAAUAGAAAGUAACUUGGAUCGAUACAAGGAGGACGAUUUUGGUAUGAAAUUUAUUGGAAUAUAGUAGAAUAGAUCGACUCAAGAACCUUCAAGAGCCUAUAUUUGAUGUAAUAGAUAUUGAUUAUUGUUGUAAUUAUUUAGAUGAUGAUUGUGAGCCAAGUAAUGCUUCACCAGCUGUAAGCAGCGUUCCCAUCGGAGCUGAUUUUCAAAGCCUUCUUGAUAACGCAAGUAAGAAACAAGAGUACUGUUCUUCCUGCAACGUCUGCAACUCCUCGCCCUCAAAUUGAAAAAAAACCUGCUGCUAUGUUGGCUAUGUUCUUCCAUAAGAUAUUGUGGAAUCCACACGCUACUUACAGUACCUCUCGAUGGAGAGCCUUCACUCAGAAAUCGAAAUGUUUUUAAUAUUUUUUCAGCUACACGCGUAAAAACGCACAAGUUGUAACAAACCUGCAGCAGACUUGUAACAAUGCUGUUCCAACAACUUUUCAACAGGAUGUGUUCGCACUGCUUGUUCCCAGUUUGUUGACAAGUUACUACAAGGUCGUUGAGCUCAACGGACUUGUUACAAGUUGUUCCAACAACUUGUUAUCAUCCUGCAAUUCAACAAUUUGUCAACAAGUUGUGAGUGACAACCUUGUAGCAACUUGAGAAAAUAACAGCAUUGUUACAACUUGUUGACAAGCUCGCUACAAGCCUUUUGCGAACACAUGUUGUUGACAAGCUACACACGUAAAACGCACAAGUUGUAACAAACCUGCAGCAGACUUGUGACAAUGCUGUUUCAACAACUUGUCAAUAGGAUGUGUUCGCACUGCUUGUUCCCAGCUCGUUGACAACUUGCUACAAGGUUGUUGAGCUCAACAGACUUGGUACAAGUUGUUCCAACAACUUGUCAGCAAGCUGUGAGUAACAACUUUGUGACAACCUUGUAGCAACUUGAUAAAAUAACAGCGUUGUUACAACUUGUUGACAAGCUUGCUACAAGCCUGUUGUGAACACAUCUUUUUACGUGUGUAGUUCGAAUUCAGACACGAUUCAUCGUACUUUCUUAUUGACAAAAGUACAACUUGACUUUUAUUUGUAUAGCUAGUGCCAGUGGAAGUUCUCACUUCCGAUUCAAAAGUGAAAAGGAAUGGGAGAAUCUAAGUACAGAUGAAGCGAAUAACAAGGUACAGUAUAUACGACGCUAAUAAUAAUUCAUGAGACGUGGGGAUCCAGUCUGGCUAGUUUGUGCUUACUAGACGAAGGCUUUCACAUGAAAGUUUGAAGUAUUUUUAAUCUUUUUCAAGACUAGUUCAGACAUAAACCACGGCAGAUUAUUGUAGAAUACUAGUUUGAGAACGGAUUUCUGGCGUUUGAAAACCAAGUUCUGCCAUUUGAAAAGGGAGUUCUAGCAUUUGUAAAGGGAGUUCUGGCGUUUGAAAACCAAGUUCUGGCAUUUGAAAACCAAGUUCUGGCAUUUGGAAAGGGAGUUCUGGCGUUUGAAAACGGAGUUCUGGCGUUUGAAAACGGAGUUCUGGCGUUUGAAAACGGAGUUCUGGCAUUUGAAAACCAAGUUCUGCCAUUUGAAAAAGGAGUUCUGGCAUUU